UAUCAUUAUACCGGUCCACGCCGCGCGGUGUGCACUGUGUGUUGUGUGUGGCGCGCUGCAGCAGUAGUUAACAACUGAGCGAGCAAGGCGCGCGUGUUCCUCUCGCGGCUGGAGCAGCAGUCGUUGUCCGAGGUUCCUCUUUGGACCGUCUUCGCGGGCGCUCGCGCGCGCGCUCCACCCCGGUGGUUUUGCGUUAUUAUCCUCAUCAUCAUCAUCGCCAUCAUCAUCAUCAUCAUCAUCAUCAUCACCCUCAUCAUCAUUCGGAGAGUUGUAUACGCGUCGUGCUCUCGCGGCGUUUAAUAAGCCCGUCGUGCUCUCGGUGCUCUCUCCGUCGCCCUGCUGCCUCCGAAAUAUUUCUCGAGGAUUAGUGUGCCUACGCCGAGAUAUACCAGCAGCAGCGGCAGUUGUUGACCAGUGAGUGAUGGUACGCAAGCCGCUUACGUAAGGAUCCGCCGCAGCUGCAAUGAGACGCUGCCAAUCCUGAUCGCCGUCGGCGCGCUACCGCGCAGUGUGAUAAAUCUAGUAGGUAGUAGAGUACGCAAGCCACAGGACCAGCAGCGCCGGCCAGAAAGUGUGUGAUAGUAGAGCAUGCGGUUGAGGAACUGGAUCGUCGGCCUCAGCUCCAGGAGAAGCUGACCCGCGCGCGCACCGCGGAGUGUAUAACCGAGGCCCGAGAGCCAGUGCGUGAGAAACAGUAGUCGGACACCGGACAGCGGCUCGCGAGUGCUCCUCGACGGAUAACAGUGUGCCAGUGCUUCUCGCGCGAGGAUGAGUCCCCGAACCGGCUGAUCCUCCAGCGCGCGCUUCUCGUCCCCCCCCUCAAAUAUAUAUAUAUAUAUAUUUAUAUAUAUAUAUAUAUACACACAUCGGGAAACGUCAGCCAGGAUCGAUCGACGGCCCCCUUGCUCGGCAGCGCAGGACGCCCCAGAGGACGGCACUGCCCGAAGGGACCAGCUGAGGGAGACUGGCCCCGCGGGACCCAGCGGAGGAGGCGGAGGCGAGGAGGUUGCGGGGCUGCGACUCGGUCGCGUCUAAGGUGGAGCUCCGGGGCGCCACGACGACGCUCAAUUUCACGGACCUGGGGAGCCCAUUCGGGGCGGGCGACCCCUGUCCGUCGAGCACCCCGACCCCGAACAGCAUGUCCGGCGGAGGCGGCGGCGCCGGGACCCCGGGCGCCGCGCCCAACAGCGGCACGCCCGGGGCCGGCGGCAGCACCGGCUCGGACCUCGAGCAGCACAUGGGCCACCAGGGCAUGGGCUCGGUGACCCCAGGCCCCGGCGGCAACGGGCCCGACAGCGCCUCCAGCACGCCCGUCAGCCAGAGCGGCAAGUCCGCCUUCAUCGAGCUCCAGCACAAUAACCUGUACAACCCGAGCGGACUGAGGGCCGGCGGCUACCCGGGCGGGCACAACGUUCCCGGGGCCCACCAGUUCUCCCAGCACGUGGGCGGACUGGGUGGCCACCAGGGCGGCCAGCCCGGCGGCGGCAACCAGCAGCACGGGCCCGAGACGGGCUUCCCCAGCCCCAGGAGUGCGCUCGCCGGCUACCCCUUCGCGCCGAUGCACCAGCACAACGCGUACGGUUACCACUUGUCGUCGUACGCGCCCCAGUGCCCGUCGCCGCCCAAGGACGGCGAGUACCCGAACUGGUGGUGCAUGUUCGCAGACCUCUCGCCGUUGGACAACAAGGGCGGCAUCGUGGACGAGCUCGGCGGCGGCGGUGGCGGCAGUCUGAGGAACGGCAAGGGCAAGAAGAUGCGUAAGCCCAGGACGAUCUACAGCAGUCUCCAGCUGCAGCAGCUCAACAGGCGGUUCCAGAGGACGCAGUACCUCGCGCUGCCCGAGCGGGCCGAGCUCGCGGCCAGUUUAGGACUGACGCAGACACAGGUGAAAAUCUGGUUUCAAAACAGAAGGAGCAAGUACAAGAAGAUGAUGAAAGCGGCGCAGCAGGGCGGCGGUGGCGGCGGCGGCCAACACGGUAGUCUACUGGCCGGCGGCACUGCGCUGCCCGGCGGACCGUCGCCACAGCCUGGACAGCCCGGUGGACUUAUGCAAGGAGGAGGCGGCAGCUCAGUCUCGGGCAGUCCGACGACGGGCUACCUGGGCGGCAUGGGCGGCGGACCGGGCGGUCACACCCCGGGCAGCUCGAGCCCCGGCAGCGAGAUGUCACCCCAGCACAACGAGAGCCCACCGGCGCCCGCCUGGCCAGGCGAGAUGAAACACCAUCCACAUCCGCACGCGCCUCCGCACAGCCAUCACCACCCGCACACGGCCGGGCAUCAUCCGCCCCCGCCACCCCCGCCGCCCCAUCACGCGGGCUACAUGCCACAGUACUCCUGGUACCAGGCCGACCCCAAUCCCGGAUUGCUCACGGUGUGGCCGGCAGUCUAACGAAGCAGCGCUCGACAAUCGUCCGGGACCUGUUUGAGAAGCUUUCAACGAGUCGACGUCUUGGCCGUCGGCGCGACAAGAAACUGUACUACCUAAAACAAUUGAACUCGAGCUGGGACAUACGGAGCGACGAGUGCGUAUCUGCUCCGAUCCACGGAAUAAUUAAUACGCAUACGCCGAGGAGCUCGGCGCGUUGUCGUCCGAUCUAUUAAUCGAGAUGCAUCAAGCGAUGCAUAUAGUGAAGUGUGAUCUCGUGAAUCGCGUACUAGGAAACAAAUAACGAGAGGAUAUUAUAAUAUAGAGGAGAGAGAAGGGAAUCGUUACACGACGAAGAGACGUGUAUAUUGUAGGCAAAUGUCGCAUCCGUGCGACGUAUACCCGACGAUCCGCCGCGCUUAUGCAAAAUACGCGGGCGGACCUUUCGAGUGGCAUGACAUAAAUGUACAAAGGAGCUGCGUGGCGGGAUACGCGAGAAAGCAAAUUGAGCGUUUUCAUUCUGGAGGAAUUUUUCUUGUUUCAUACGUAGGCAACGAUCCGGCGCGGACCUCGAAUAAUAGCGUUUGCGCGAAAAAAGCUCUCUCCGCUCCGUCUCUCUCUCUCUCUCUCUCUCUCUCUCUCUCUCUCUCUCUCUAUCUCUUACCUUCUUCUCUCGUUUUUUUUUCACUUCUCGCGUGCGCAAGCAGAAGUAUACGGGGAAAAAGAGGAGAUUCCUCGCGCGGGAAAAAUGUCUCAAGGCUCUUCUCUCCGCUGAUGCAGAGUCGUUUUAAAUAUCGAGGCUUAUCGUGCGCAAGUCGGAGACGCAACCGCGCAUGAAAGGAGGAAAAAGCGUUGCCUCAGCGAGGCCGGUGUCGUGACUGUGCUUACGGCUACCGGAGAGCCCGGAAAAAAUGAGGGAGAAUUUAGGAGAGCCGCGCGCGCGGCAAGUUGCACAAAUUUCUUUCUCGCGAGGAGAUAGCGGGUAAUGACAUUUUCGUGAGCGGCUAGCGAAUUUCGCGCUGUGGCAAUGUGUAUACGAAUCCACGGCUGCUGGUGACGCAAGGAGCUCUUGAAUUUUUCGUCGCUUUUCUUGCCUGCCGCGGAAUCGAUUAUAAAAGCGUUGCGUAAUCGACGAGCCACUGACCUAGAUCCGGCCCGUUUUUUUUUUUUGUUAGAAAAAACAUGCACUUUGGAAUCGUCGCGCACGGGAUCGAGCGUUUCCUCCCACGUUUUCGUCAACGAACAAAGUACGCAGGCAACGGUCGAUCCGAGAACACACCGCGACGAUCCCCGAGUGCUCGUGUAUACUCACCCUCGCCGCGAGUCAGCUGUAAAUCGACGAUGUGUGUGUAAGGAGGCGAGUUGUAUAAAGGUUAUUGGAAUCGCUUCUCUUCGCGCAGGAUUAAGAGGCGUGAACGCGAGAUACGCAUAUAAGUUCGCAGCCAGGCUGCGAAUAUUUCGGUGCAAUAAAUAAUUAAUCGAGUGAAAGAGUACAAGAGCGAUAUUCGAAGACUCUUCAGUUCCUAUGUCAAACACUGGCGAAACGAGAGAAGCGAAACUCGAACACACGCGGAUCGAGGGUGAGACGCGACGAAAUUUUCGAGCCGCGAAGGAACGAGAGGAAGCUCCGAGAGAGAGAGAGAGAGAGAGAGAGAGAGAGAGAGAGAGAGAGAGAGAGAGAGAGAGAGAGAGAGAGAGAGAGAGAGAGACGAGCGACAUGGGAGGCAAGAACGAGCAAAAGUGAAAGAGAGAGAGAGAGAGAGAGAGAGAGAGAGAGUCGUGUAGAAGUUUACUAGCGUUACUAGUUCCGACGUGAAUCUACAAAAAAAAGAGGAAAUCGAUUCACGAGCAGUGUUCGAUUUCUUAUCACGCGUGUACAUAUAUAUAUUACGAGAUAGAGAGAAAGAGCGUCGGGACCCACCCACCCCCUUUUACCAUCAGCCCACCUCCCGAUUAUCCCCCUCUACCCCCGCCCCCUUCCGCGUCCCAUCUUAGCACGUAAGUUGUAAGUGGAUCUGUGUAAAAUAUAAUAUUGUGAUAAGAAUGUAAAAAAAAAAAAUAAACAAACUGUGGCGGAAGACUCGGGAUUCCGAGGCACGGAGUGCGUCGCGCUCCGCGCUUCGGGACGCGAGAGCGCGCGCGAGCGAGGAGAGCGCGAUUCCCCCUGCGAUUUGUGCUAUUUCACCGAGAGACGAAACAAAAUGAAUAAAAAAAAAUUGAGAGAAGCAGAGAGAAACUCUUGUACGAAGUAUAGAUUACAGAAAAAAAAACUAAAAUACCUUAAUUAUGAUUAAUAUUGUAUAAAAUAUGAAUAAUAUAAACUAAUUAAUUCAA